CCAUCACCUUGUUAUCCAUUAACAAAUGUCGCUAUGUAUUUGACAGCCUGAAGCUGUCUUUCCUGGCAAAGUGCUAUAUUUUAAUCAGCACUAAACCACAUGAUGCUCCGUGUGUGUAUUCAGGAUGACUGAGGAAAAGGCAUUGACCCUCUGUCAGAUCUGGCUGCAAUCAGCUGCUCUCUGUUUGAAUAUAACUUUUUAGAUUGCUCUCAGUAGCAGAUUACGCCAUAUACGUAACACAUUAAAUGAAAGAAAGCCAGGCAGCUAAAGACAGGAUAUCCAAACGUUUCCUUACACAUGACCUCAGUUGAACAAGAUGGCAGCAGAAAAGGAGAAUGAUUGUGUUACCGGUGAAACCAACGAUGCUCUGAAGGAGGAGAGGCCAAUGUGGGGCAAUAAGAUCCAGUAUGUCCUGAGCUGUAUAGGAUUUGCUGUGGGACUGGGAAAUGUAUGGAGGUUCCCAUAUCUCUGUCAGACCUAUGGAGGUGGAGCCUUUUUAAUCCCAUACACUAUUGCACUGAUCUUUGAGGGAAUUCCACUACUUCACCUUGAAUUAGCAAUUGGACAGCGACUCCGCAAAGGGAGUAUUGGUGUCUGGAACUCCAUUUCGCCAUAUCUGGGAGGAGUUGGCAUUGCUUCCAUGCUGGCUUCCUUUGCGGUGGCCAUGUACUAUAACACCAUCCUCGCCUGGAUACUCUGGUACUUUUUCCAUUCAUUCGAGGAACCAUUGCCAUGGAAAAACUGCCCUUUAAACAACAAUGGAACAGGUUUUAUUAAAGAGUGUGAGCUGAGCACUCCAGUGGACUACUUCUGGUACAGAAACACUUUGAAUAUCAGUCCUGAAAUUACUGCAAACAAAGACAGCCAACAAUGGUGUCUGGUUAUAUGCCUCGUUGCUGCUUGGCUGAUCGUAUACUGUUGUGUCAUAAGAGGAAUUGAAACCGUGGGGAAGGUGAUCUACUUCACUGCAACUUUCCCUUACCUUGUACUUGUUAUUCUCCUUGUACGAGGAUUAACACUGCCUGGGGCCAUACAUGGUUUGACCUACUUAAUUACUCCAGACCUGAGUGUUUUGACCCAGCCAAGAGUGUGGUUAGAUGCAGCGACACAGAUCUUCUUCUCAAUGUCUUUGAGUUUUGGAGGACUUAUUGCAUUCUCCAGCUAUAACUCACCAAAGUAAGCAUAAAUGUAAUCACAGUACUUCCUGUAAUCAGCUCCUUAA